CACAUUAUCUAAUUAGGCAGAGAAGGAAAGGUAGCCAGAGGACAAGCUGAAAACCAGGGUGGUUUGCUAUCCUGGAAACCAAGGAGAGAGCUUUUUGGGCAGGAGACAGCUAAGAGUCAUCAAUGGCUACACAUGUUAUACACAGGAUCACUGUCUAUGAAAGUCAUAUUUGGAAUUCUAUCUUCUUUAUCUGCUUUCAAGAUAGUUACUGAAAUUGAAUGCAUAAACCAGGAAUACUUGUAUAAUUUAAUCAGGGAUGCCUGUGGUGAACCACCAAAAUUCGAAACGAUGAAGCUCAAGGGUAAACCUAAAAAAUAUUAUGAGGUUGGAGAGAAAAUAUAUUAUGAGUGUCUUCCAGGACGCAUUACUGUGUUUCCUGUCAUGGCUUAUUGUGAGCAGAAUCACUCGUGGUUCCCUCUCCAAGAAGCUUGUAUGAAAAAAGAAUGCGAUAGGCUAUCACUUCAACAUGGUGAAGUUGUUGCCCCAAAUAAAACCUUUUCGUUUGAUCACGAAGCUCACUUUUAUUGUGAUGAGGGUUAUUACUUAGUUGGGCAACAAGUUAUAGUUUGUAACCUUCGUGGAAAUGACGUGUAUUGGAGUGAUAACCCCCCACAAUGUAAAAAGAUUUACUGUCAACCGCCUGCAAAAAUAAAUAACGGAAAAUACAGCAAUAGCCACAGAACUAUAUUCGAAUAUAAUGAAUUAAUAACUUACAGUUGUAAUCCUUCACAAGGAUCAGACGAAUUUUCACUUGUUGGAGACAGCAAACUUAUUUGUGUUGGGAAUAACAAGUGGAGUAGUGACCCUCCUCAGUGUAAAGUGGUCAGAUGUGAACAUCCAGUACUUGUGAAUGGAAGACUGGUAUCAGGAGUCAGAGAAACCUAUUCCUACCAAGCAGUGGUUCUAUUUGAAUGCCUCCCAGGUUUCUACCUUAAUGGCAGCAACCCAGUGUUCUGUGGUGGGAGAAAUACUUGGGAACCUGAGAUGCCGACAUGUAUUAAAGGUUUCAAGCCUACUCAUCCAACCAAACCUCCGGUUUCAAAGUAUCCAGGCUAUCCUGAGCCCAAUGAAUCAGCAUUAUUUCAAGAACUGGAGGAAUUAGAUGCAGGUAUCAUUGCUGUGAUUAUUCUUACUAUCCUUGUCGGCCUUGCAGUACUUUGCACCUGCCUGUACAGAUGUCUUCAAAGAAAGAAAGGCUUUUAAAAACUUGAACCAUUUUCUGUGGCCGUGGCAAGCCUUGUGCCGAUCUAUGGAAAUCAAGCAAGAGCUCUGCCAUCCUGGUGCUUAGGGCUGGUGGCUUCAGUGAGAAUCUGGAAACCACCAUUGUUGAGAUGACAGUUAUGGUGUUUGGGAAGAUGGUCAACUGGUCACCCAGCACCACCUGAAAAGGCUCCCAGGAAAACACCCCUUCCAUUUGCAAUCGAUGUUCAUUAUUGGAGAAUUCCUGGUGUAGGACCCCAUGGGACUGCGCUUCAAUUUCGUGUGUAGCAUUUUCUUUGGCACAAUCUUCUUUCUUUUACCCAUCAUCGUGGCCGGUUGGAUAAUUGUGAAGCACAAACAAGGCGAAACUACAGAUGAAAAAUGUAAGGAGAGUAUCCAUUUACAUCCUCAAGAAGACAGCGGUGUAAGUCCUCAAACUGUGCAAACAAAUCAGGAGAACAGCGGUGUCCUUCCUUGACAAAGUAUAUAAAGCUGGAGAACACCUCGAAUUAAAAUGUUGGUCGGGAAGGAAGCGAUUCAUUUCAACAGAAUAAGAUGUGAAACGCAUAAAAUCCCAACUGGAAGUGACCUCACAGAGAUGCAAGCAUGUGCACUUGAAGAUGCCAAAGUGUCCCCGGAUCUAGGAAAAGCUCCCUCCUCUUAGUUUGGAUUACUGUCACUCCUUCACCCUCUGUCCUUGUGCUCAAAGCACACACCAUCCAUUUAGGGGAAAAGACUGCCCUUGGGCUAUAUAAAUAGCUUCACUUACUUAAAGGACAAAGGGGUUGCCUAGGAUCUUGGUUUACCAGUGUGUUAUUUUCCUUUCUUAUUUUCAAAUGUCCAUACUAUGGAAUGGGCUCAUUAACGAGAGUGUGAAAAUCCAGAGGGACGAUGUGAAAAACAAAUAAGUCACAUAGAAUUAUACUACUCUGUGAUAACCACUGGUAAUAUUUCGAUUCAUUUUCUGCUAACCUUUCUUCAUGUAUGUUUCUUUAUACACAAGUCUUACUUAAAUAGUUAGGUUUUCUGUUAUAGAGCAAAACCUCCUCCUAUUAGAUCUGAGUAAAAUAUAGCUAAAUCAGUUUUUACUUUCCUUAGAAAAAAGGAUAUUUUCUGUUUAUUAAAAAAAAACAUUAAAUGAUUCUGGAGAAGAGGUUUUCAAGAGAAAUAUCUGAAACAAUGAAUUUUGGAUAUUCCUAAGUUGAUUUUCAAAAGCACUUUUACUCUAUUCUUUACAAAAACAUAACUAUUUUAAAUAAAAGAAUAAUUUUAUUAUAAAAGCAA